AUGAAGGUUUUUGAGCGUGCCCUGGAAGCUCGCCUGAGGAAAAUUGUCAGCGUUUCACUCAACCAGUGCGGCUUUGUGAAGGACUGCAGCACUAUAGAUGCUAUCCAUGCUGUCCGUAUCCUCCUGGAUAAACGUCGAGAGAGGAACCGCAGUGUGCAUCUUGCUUUUCUCGAUCUCGAGAAAGCUUUCGACUGUGUCUCACAUGAACUGUUAUGGAUGUCCAUGAGGUCGCACGCAGUACCAGAAAAAUACGUGCGGUGGACGAAGCUGCUUUAUGCGAAGCUUACCAGCGUUGUACGGUGUGCUACUGGAACAAGCAGGCCAUUCCCUGUACAAGUAGGGGUUCAUCAGGGUUCAUCCCUCUCACCUCUGCUGUUCAUACUGUGCAUGGACACGAUAACGAAGGAAAUCCAGAAGCAACAUCCGUGGACUCUUUGCCGACGAUGUCAUGCUCGCGUCAGAGUCUCGAGAUGA